ACAGCAGAACAGGCUGCCAUGCUAUCCAUCCCAGAUCUUAUCAGGAAGAAACGGGACGGAGGACAGCUGACUGAUGAGGAGAUCUCAUUCAUCAUCGAGUCUGUAACGACUAAACGCAUGCAGGACUGCCAGAUAGGGGCCAUGCUGAUGGCUAUUUGGCAGCGAGGGAUGGUUGCUGCGGAGAUUCAGACCCUGACCAGAGAGAUGAUGUUAUCGGGAGAGGUGAUGAGGUGGCCGGACGAAUGGAAAAGGCUAAUGGUGGACAAACACUCGACGGGAGGGGUGGGGGACAAAGUGAGCCUGGUGUUAGCGCCGGCGCUGGCUGCUUGUGGCUGUAAGGUGCCAAUGAUCAGUGGGCGGGGCCUGGCUCAUACAGGAGGAACUUUGGAUAAACUGGAAUCAAUUCCAGGAUUCAACGUCCAGCAGUCAGCAGAGCAGAUCCGGAGCAUCCUGGCCUCUGUGGGCUGCUGCAUCGUGGGUCAGACCGAGAUGCUGGUUCCAGCAGAUAGAGUCCUGUACGCUCUGAGGGACGCUACCAGCACCGUGGACAGCCUACCACUCAUUACUGGUUCUAUUAUCUCAAAGAAAGGAGCCGAGUCUCUGUCCACUCUGGUGCUGGAUGUGAAGUUUGGACGAGCAGCGCUGUACAAAGACCUGGAGAGCGCCAAACAGCUCGCUCAGCUGUUAAUGGAUGCAGGUAACAGUCUGGGCAUUCAAACAGCAGCUGUCCUCAGCCAUAUGAACGGUACGAUCGGACGAUAUGUGGGAAACAGUUUGGAGGUGAUCGAAUCUCUGGAGACGCUCAAGGGAAAUGGACCCGACGACCUGAUGGAGCUGGUCACCACGCUGGGUGGCGUGUUGCUGCUGAUGACUGACCUGGCGCUAGGCCUAUCAGAGGGCAAGAAGCAGAUUUAUGACGCCGUGAUUGGUGGAGCUGCAUUGUCCAAGUUCGAAGCCAUGAUGAAGGCUCAGGGCGUGGCCAAUGAGACGAGCCGGACGCUGUGCUCCGCCCACACAGAUUAUUACAGCAUCCUUAGAAAAUCAGAGCAUCAGCUGGAAUUGGAGGCUCCUGCUGACGGAGUUGUUCUAGAUGUGAAUGGUUUAGUUUUAGCACAGGUUCUUCAUAAACUAGGGGCGGGGCGAACGAAGGCAGGUGAGGCGGUCAACUACAGCGUGGGGGCGGAGCUUCUAGUGUCCCUCGGCCAGAGAGUACAAAAAGGUUCCUCCUGGUUGCGGCUUCAUUACGAGGAUCCGGCUCCAAGUCCAGAUCAGAUCAACCUGCUGCAGAAAGCUCUGACUGUGGGAAAAGACAAGAGAGAAGCAGGAGACGGAGACACUUUAGUAGCAGAAGUUCUGCUGCCUCACUGACACUAGAUCAAACUGGACCGUAAUGUAUUCCUUGUUUUAUAAUCCAAAAAUACAUGGAUUACCUCUAUUAAACAUGAAAUUGAAUAAAAUUAUAUUUGAGGCUAUUGUAAAA